AUGGAAAACAGUACUGUUUCCUUUUACUUCAACCUUACCAUGUUUGUGAAUGUUGGACCCUACUGCUACCCAGCCUUUGUCUUUUGCCUCCUGCUCUACAGCUUCAUUGUGUCUGCUAAUAUUGUCAUAAUACUGGUGAUAUCUCGAGAGAGAACUCUACAUGAGCCCAUGUAUGUCUUCAUCGCUUGUUUGUCUGUCAACUCUCUGUAUGGUUCGACUGGUUUCUUCCCCAGAUUCCUCAUGGACCUUCUGUCUGAUACUCACAUGAUCUCACAUUCUGCUUGUUUCAUUCAGAUCUAUGUAAUAUACACAUAUGCUUCCUAUGAAUUAACCAUUCUUGGCAUUAUGGCACAUGAUAGAUACGUCGCUGUGUGUAAUCCUUUACAUUAUCACAGAAAGAUGACCUCUAAAACAGUUUUUAAAUUGGUAGUACUGGCUUGGAUUUUACCAGCCUUUGGUAUUACAGGUUGCAUUUAUUUGUCUGCCAGGCUUCCUUUAUGUGGCAAUGAGAUACAAAAAGUGUUUUGUGCCAACUGGAAUAUUGUAAAAUUAUCGUGUGUCACCACUGUUGUCAACAAUGUUGUGGGUAUGCUUUUGACCAUAACUACAGUUUUCCUUCCCCUUUUUUAUGUCCUGUACACUUAUUUACAAAUUGUGGUUGUUUGCUGGAAAAGCUCAGCAGAAUUCAAAGGGAAGGUAUUGCAGAGCUGCCUGCCACAUGUUGUUUCAUUUGUGAUUUAUUCUAUUACAGCAUUUUGUGAUAUUGCCUUGAGCCGGUACAAUCUUGAAGAGAUUAAUCCAUUUGUGGCUGUUAUUCUGUCACUGGAGUUUGUAAUCAUUCCUCCAGUUCUGAAUCCUCUUGUGUACGGCCUUAAAUUACCAGAAAUUAGAAGGCAAAUUAUAAGGAUGAUACCUUGGAAUAAAAUAUUCCCCUAA